UGUAUGCACGGUUAGGAGAGUACAGUCAUUUUGCUUGUAGGUCUACAUUAAACAGGAGACUACGUUAGUUAGAUAUCCGGGGAAAUAUUUGGACAUUUACAAAAUGUUUAUGGCGUAUUAUCAUUUCAGUUGUUCAUUUGUUUAGAAUUGUUUUGAUAAGCCACAUGUGGAUGAUAUAAGCAUUUAGGCGUUCACUUUCUACCAAUUACAAGACCAGCACGUUCUUGAAAGCUAUUCCUUUGAAUAAAACAAACUAUCGACGCGAUGGCGACGUUUCGAACUGAGAUCAGUGUUCCAAUAAAGAGGGACGAAAUGAGUUUUCAGGAUAGGCAGAUGAAAGUUUGGGGAGAUAUGGAAACAAAAAUGGAACGUAGAAAAAGAGAGUGGAGUGAUGACUUUGAUAAGAUGAGAGAUGAAUUUUUCACUUUAAAACCCGGGCUAGCCGAUCGUAGGGCGAGCACAAUCGGGCCUGAUAAACUUGGAAGAAUGACAACAUUGUAUGAGACUGAAGCAGAUGGACAGCAAAAAUUUAAAGUCAGAUUUGAUGUAAGUGAGUUUAAACCAGAGGAAAUACAAGUUAAAGUGCAAGACAAUAAGGUUAUUGUGUACGCGAAACAUGAGGAGAGGAGCAAUAAUCAGUCAGUUAGUCGAGAAUACAGUCGCCAGGUGGAUAUACCACAGAAUGUUGACCAGGAGAAGUUGCAGUGUGUCCUCAGCAGAGAUGGGAUUCUUACUGUAGACGGCCCAAUUUUCACAAACCAACUAAUCCCGAUGCAACAUGUCCUCCCGAUUCAACAGAGCAUUUCAACAAUUCAGUCGCCAGAGAGAACGCUGCAGAUGGCCACACCUGUGAAGAAUCCUAUCAUCACAGAGCCGGAUGGAACCAGAAAACUUAGACUUACUGUGGACGCCGGAGAGUUCAGACCAGAAGAGCUGAUCGUAAAAACCAUGGAGAAGAAGCUUGUCGUUCACGCUGAACACGUAGAAAAAACGGCCGGCAAAACGCUACACAAAGAAUUUAACAAAGAAUACGAGCUACCUGACAGCGUUGAUCAGUCAGCAAUCACUGCGUACAUCGGCGACGAAGGCAAACUGAUCAUUGAGGCGCCAAUUAAGAAUCAAGUUAGGAAAUACUCUAUCACACAGAGCCAGGAUGUACGGAAAGUCGUGGUUACUAAGGAAUCUUCUGUGACGAUCAAUGACAAUCAGAACAGGCCCAUGGUUACCAUCAAUGUGCAUCCCAGGUAGACAUGAUGACAAUUACUGGAUCUAACCUAAAUCGAAAUUACGAAACGAAACUUUGAUUUUAAUAGUGUUUCUUUAAAGGUCAUAGACACGUUAGCUUUCUUAGAUCUAUUUUAAAACAGUCACUGAUCAACAGUUUGACAAUGGAAUACUGUAAGAGUAAGAUGCGGAUUUAAAUUACUUUUUUUCUUUAGAUUACCGUGAAAGUGCAGUCAGCACAAUUCUCGCGAUUCUAGAAUUGUAUUAUGAUUAGUUUGCUUUUUUAGUGCAGCCUUUAGACUCCAUGUUCCUAUCUGUAUCAUGUGUUCAUUGUAUGUUCGCGUAACCUGUCCGGUUUGACUGCCAGUGUUGAAAAAAUCGCCACGACAAACAACAAAUACUGUUGUAUGAAAACGAUGGAAAAUAGCUAACGUCUUGGACAGCAGCCUUUGACAAGGGCACGAUAUUAAAUGGUUUUUAUUCUCAAUAUACAUUUUGUUGUAAUAAUUGGUGCGAUGACCUCACUUGUUUAUAUGUAAUUAUGUAUUAUAUGUUUUGUUAGAAUGAUAAUAAACACAGUUGUUAUA